GGGGCCCGAGCGGGGCCACCACCGCCACCACCGCCACCACCGCCACCACCGCCACCUCCACCACCUCCGCCGCCGCCGCUCCCCCCGCCGCAGGCCGCGUCCCGCCCCGGCUCCAUCCCCGCCCCGCCCCGGCCCGGCGGGCGCUAUAAGCGGGCGGCCGAGGCCGCUGCGAGCGGCCCGGUUAUGGCGGAGCCCCCGCGGAGGAGCUCGCUCGGGGCGGGCGGCUCGGCGGCGGCACUGCCGCUGCGGGCUCGGCUGAGCUUCGCGGCCGGGCAUUUCCUGAACGACCUGUGCGCUUCGCUCUGGUUCACCUACCUGCUGCUCUACCUGCACGCCGUGCUGGGCUACAGCCACCGGCUGGCCGGUGGCCUGCUGCUGGCCGGGCAGGUGGCCGACGGGCUGUGCACGCCGCUGCUCGGCUACGAAGCCGAUCGCUCGGCCGGUUGCGGCCGCUACGGCCGGAGGAAAUCCUGGCACUUGGCUGGCACCACCUGCGUCCUCGUGUCCUUCCCCUUCAUCUUCAGCCCCUGCCUGGGCUGCAAGGAGAACACGCCGCAGUGGGCAGCCUUCAUCUACUACCUCCCCUUCAUCGUCAUCUUCCAGUUUGGCUGGGCGGCCACGCAGAUCUCCCACCUGUCCCUCAUCCCAGAGCUGGUGACCAGCGACCAUGAGAAGGUGGAGCUCACGGCUUUCAGGUAUGCCUUCACCGUCAUGGCCAACAUCACUGUGUACGGCCUGGCCUGGCUGCUGCUGAACCUGCAGGUGGACCAGCCUGAGCGCACGGAGCACCUGGGCAUCCAGGAUGUCCCCGUGUUUCGGAACCUGUCCCUCAUCGUGGUGGGGCUGGGGGCUGUCUUCUCCCUCAUCUUCCACCUGGGCACCAAAGAGAAGCCGUACCCGCUGGGCUCCCUGCCGCAGCCUGAGAGCACGCCCCUGCUGCAGAAGGAGCCCACGAGGUGCCCGCGCCCGCUGCUGGCCUGGAAGGACUGGCUGCUGGAGCCUGCCUUCUACCAGGUGGCGGUGCUCUACAUGGCCACCCGGCUCAUCGUCAACCUGUCCCAGACCUACAUCGCCAUGUACCUGACCAACUCGCUGCUGCUGCCCAAGAAAUACAUCGCCACCAUCCCCCUGGUGUUGUACGUCAGCGGCUUCCUGUCCUCCUUCCUCAUGAAGCCUGUGAAUAAGUGGAUAGGGCGAAACCUGGCGUACUUCGUGGGCAUCCUGGUGAUCCUGGCCUUCGCCUCCUGGGUGACCCUGACCAGGACGAUGGGAGCCGAGAUCUACGGGGCGGCCGCGCUGCUCGGCGCUGGCUCCGCCACCAUCCUGGUCACCUCCCUCUCCAUGACGGCCGACCUCAUCGGCACCAACACGCACAGCGGUGCGUUUGUCUACGGGGCCAUGAGCUUCACGGACAAGAUGGCCAACGGCCUGGCUGUGAUGGCGAUCCAGAACCUGCACCCGUGCCCGACUGAGCUCUGCUGCCCUGCCUGCAUCAGCUUCUACCACUGGGUGAUGGUGCUGGUCACCGGGGGGAUUGCCAUGGCUGCCACCCUGUCCCUGUGCUGCAUCAUGAUCUGGCCCAUCCGCGUCCGCUUCCAUGCCGUCUCCCUGCAGGGACUGAACGAAGCCAGGAUCCCGUACGAUGAAACGGAGAGCGUGGAGGGAAGGAGCCCCAGCAGCACGGUCAACUGAGCAGGGCGCGCGUCCUCGGCCGCGCCGAUGGCCGGGCUCUGCCGGGAGCGACCCCGGGGACGGGGAUGGCAGCAGGACGGGGGAGCUGGGCUCAGGGGCACUGCCUCGUCUCCCUGUCACCUCGCACAGGACUUGUCACCCCCUCGCUCCGCCUGGGGACGCGGUGACGGAUGUCCCCCUGCGUUUGCACAAGGUGAACACUAAAAGGCCCGGGGCUGGGCUGCGGCGCCUGGCCUCCGCGCGGCGGGAUGGGGGCACCCAGCCCUGGGUUUUAAACUGCUUUUGUAAGGUCAGUGUGUAUGAAUAGCACUUUUUAAAGAAGGAAGAAAAAAAAAAAAAAAAA